CGGAGAGACAGAUUAUACAGCUCUACACAACUGUUGUUUUAAUCCCCCGAGCGAGGAGAUUUAGCAAAGAAAAAACACUGGUUUUAAACCCAGCAGCCAUAUUGCAUGGAAAAACGACGGAAAGACUCGUCUAUUCAGAAAAAGUCGUUGUGUCAUACUCCUCUGCCAAGACUUUUGGGAAGUUUAUUUCUCUUUUCUGCUGGCUGUCUGUUUCUGUCGGACAGCUAGCCUGCCAGCUGGCUGAGGAAUUCAGGGAUCGGGACUAUUUUAAAAAAUUGUUUUACACACCAUUGUGGGUCUCUGUUUGGUUCAAAGGUGUAAAACUAACUGUGUGAACGAUGAAGGACCGAUUGGAGCAACUUAAAGCGACGUGUGAUCAAGAUGAUGACGAGGUGGAGAUCGCUGUGGACAAUGCAGCCUUCAUGGACGAGUUCUUCUCUCAGAUCGAGGACAUCAGGAACAGUAUUGAUAAAAUUGAUGAGAACGUGGCUGAAGUCAAAAAGCUUUACUCAGUCAUCCUGUCUGCUCCCACAUCAGAUCAGAAAACACAGGAUGAGCUGGAGGCAAUCACCAAUGACAUUAAGAAGAUGGCCAACAAUGCAAGAAACAAACUCAAGACCAUUGAGAGGAAUCUGGAGUCAGAGGAGCAGGAGAGGGUGUCAGCUGACAUGCGGAUACGUAAAUCACAGCAUGCUGUGCUGUCCAGGAAGUUUGUUGAGGUCAUGACAAAGUAUAAUGAAGCCCAGGUGGACUUUAGGGAGAGGAGUAAAGGACGCAUUCAGAGACAGCUAGAAAUCACUGGAAAAGCAACAACAGAUGAGGAACUGGAGGAGAUGUUGGAGAGUGGCAAUGCUGCUGUGUUUACUGCAGGGAUAGUGGACUCUGGCAUCUCUAAACAAGCACUGAGUGAGAUCGAAUCCAGACACAAAGACAUUGUUCGUCUGGAAAGCAGCAUCAAGGAGCUGCAUGACAUGUUUGUAGACAUCGCCAUGCUGGUGGAGAGCCAGGGUGAUAUAGUAGACAACAUAGAGCAGAAUGUAUCCAAAUCAGUGGAUCACAUUACAGUGGCACAGGAACAGACCAAAAAGGCUGUAAGGUACCAGACCAAAGCACGAAAGAAGAUGGUAAAUAUUGGUGCAGUCUAUGCUCAUCGUCAUCCUCCUCACCCAAACUCCAUCAGUUUGUUCAUCAUCCACUCCAUUCCUCCCUCCAUCAGCCACCUCCCCAAACAGGAUAUAGAUCACUCCAUACUAGAGGUCUCCAGCCCCAUAGGACCUGUGGGGAAGCAAAAAAACUGAACGCUGACAAAACUGUGUAACUCUUCAACCUUUUUCCAAUCGGAACUAACUAUCUGAGUCUGCAAGGGGUUUAAUCGGGUUGCUCUGACAAUUUAAGGAUGCUCCGCUACAGAAGAGGAAAUGAGAGUGAAGCUAACAUGAGCCACAAAAACCUGUUGUAUCUGUGUGGCUGAGAAAAGCGAACUGAAAAAUAACCGAACAAAACCUUACUCCAGUUUUGAUGAACAUUUAAUCGAGCAGCAGUUUGAAGCACCUCCUUCAUCGUCAUUUCAUCCCUCCAUGAGCCUCGAAACAUUCUGUGAUUGAAAAGCUGGCGACUGUGUUGGGAUUUUUUUGUUUUGGGAAGUUGCAGCACUUUCACAUUUCACCAUAAAUCUUAUUCCUGUUGUUAAUCAUAGAUUAUAAUGUAAAUAAUAAAACUAC